ACCCCUUUGCCUGUCCAGAUGGACGAACAGAAGUCAGAACCAAAAAAAUAAUCUCUUUGGGGUAAUAACAAUAACAAAUAGAGAAAUACCUUAAAUUAAUAUUUGUAAAAUUGUAAGUUAUGAGGUGAUUGCAAAAUGGUGAAAAUACAUGACGCAGCGGUUGCUUUUAAAGCUCUUAAUGGUAUCAUUUGCGUAUACAAACCACCCUGUGUCUCAGUUCCCCAAGUACAACAUAGAGUUAUAACCAAUUUAAUUCGAGACUUGAAUGCUUUGCCUGACAGAGCUAGAGAACAGAGGGUGGAGAUUUUAGGUCCAACCAAUGGGCCAAUGACAGUAAAACUUGUACCUAACUAUGCAGAUGAUCCAUUAGUCUGUGGACCUAGAUACAUAAGGGAGGACUUCAGAUGUAGUUGGGCCACACACUUAGGUCUUUUUAGUAGUGGCAUUCUAUUGUUGGGGAUUAAUGAAGGAACUCAAUUAACAUAUCAGAUAAACAUGGGAAAGCCAACAAGAGCGUAUAAAGUGCACGGCCAGUUAGGAAAAGCAACAGACACAUACUUUUGGAAUGGACGCACUAUGGAACGAUCUGGGUAUCGACAUGUUACAAGGGAUAAAAUUGACAGAGUGGUAGCUCAUAUGCAAGCAGCACAUCAGAAAACUAUGUUUCAAGUGUCAGGCUUGCAUAUGGAUUCACAGAGUACCUAUGAGCUAGCCUCCCAAGGCCUGAUACGACCUGCAAAUGCCAAAUUGCCAGUUAUAUAUGGUAUUAAAUGUGUACAAUUUGAUCCACCAAAUUUUAUACUGGAAAUUCAAGCCAUCAAUGAAUAUGAAAAAUUCUUGUGGACUUUAGUUCAUGAUUUGGGUGUUCAGCUGAAAACAUCUGCAUAUUGUACUGGUGUUCAGUGCAUACGACAAGGGUGGUUUAACUUGGAGCAUGCAUUACUACGGAAACACUGGAAGCUCGAGCACUUCAUUGAUAACAUGGAGCUCUGCCAUGAAGUAUUAGAAAAGCAUGAUAACAUGUUGAACAAUAAAGCAGCUAACCUUACUGCUUGAAUUAUAAUAUGAAUCAAUUUUUUGUUUUCCAUCCUCAGAAAUUAAAAUAAAUCUGUUUGUUCAAAUCACACUCUCAUAUUAAAAACUUCUUAGUGAAAACAUUAUUUUCUAGUUAAGUUAUUAAAACAUAUAAUAUUACUAUAAGUACAAGGUCACCCAUGUAAAUAAUUCAGAUUAAUAGUGAUAAAUGAAAUAAGUGUUAUAUUAAUCUUUUAUACAAUAAUUAAAUAAGCAAUACAACAAAUUAAUUAUGAACAACUGUUAUGUUUUAAUUUUUCAUCUAUAGUGGCAAACAUAAGCCUUGAAGCCAAAAGGUGUUUGAAUCAUUAUAGUUUUAAGAAAAAAAAAACCUAAUAAAAUGAGAUAAGCAAGACA